UCGUCGAUGAGUGAAUACGUGUUCUUUGCGCGUUUACACGCGCGUCAUGAUCGAAUAAAAUUCUGACGCAGGAUCAAGGGACGAAAGGAUCAGGAGUUCUCUUAAAAUCUACUUUUUAAAAAGUGAUCGGUCUCUGUGAAAUCGAUAAAAAAAGAAAAAAAAAAUGGGGAACUCUAAGUCGAAGAUGAAACCAACGUCGCGGAAGAAGGCGGAGAAAAGCAACGGCUACGGCAACAAAUUCGAAAUGCCUAAUCGCAAGGAGGAGUGCAACGAUGCGGAAUUGGUGUUUUUGAGAAGAUCUAUGGAAAGGAAUCCCGAGAUGUUCGUGUUGAACAAUCUUAUGAUGUGUGUCCAGUUUUUUGGAAAUUAUGAAGAAGAAAUCAAGCAUGUAAAGGAGACGCUUGUGUCGUCACGCGAAACAGAACUGAACAAGCGUUUGCCGCCGCAGAAGCACGUCCUACUUCCGGAUGUUCUUCAAGAGCAUAUCGCUCGACAUGUUGGUUUCACGUCAACGAGACAAACCUUUCGACAGACGAUCAUCGAGCCUUUGCAACCGGUUCGAAUUUACACGGUUCACGACAAUAUCGACAUCACCGAACAAAAUUAUUCAUCACAUUACAGCAACGUGAAUGACUCGACCGUCUAUAAUAUAUUGUUGAAGCCAACGGCGCAUCAAGGAUAUGUGCAGCUCCAGGUCCUCGACGAUUUUGUAACAUCCAGAAAAACCAUAAGAGAAGACGACGUAGAUCUAUCAUCGAUCGCGGAAAACGACGACGAACUCUACAGCGAUGGUAGUGUCUAUGGUCCAAGACCUCGAUCCAACCUAUCUGCCUCUACGGUCAUGCAAAACAGAUCUAAGCAAACGAUGUUGAAGUCUUCCAAAUCCAAACUGACGAAAUCCCUGCCAAAUUUAUGCGACGAAGAGAGCGUGUCCACGAACAGAAGCUUUCCACACUCAAAUCGUAACAGCAAAACGGCUGAGCCUGACUACGAAUCCUCGUCCGAAGAGAGAAGACGUUUGAACAAGAGGGCCCAGUCUAAAGAGGAAUUAUCCAACCGAGGGAAUCGUCGAUGGGAGAAGCAAACGCCUCGAUCAAAGAUCCAAGGAUUAAAUAAUCAAGAUCACACGAGCAGCAACAGUUCUGGCUACCGAUCGGACAAUUACGCGUAUAGCAGCGACAGCAGUUACAAUACUAGCCAUAACUCCAGAUUCUCUCACAGCUCUAGCUUCGAAGAACUGGACGAAUGUUGGAUAACGAACGGAGAGUUUCCCAUUCGUUGUUUCAAAAAAGUGACGUACACAUCCGACGGAAAGAUCUACGAUCCGAACGAGGACAAGAUGUAUCUGUUGAACAGCAAACAUCGAAGAAUCAAAGUGGCUUUGAGACGACACAACUACGACCUGUUCUACGUGAGUAGUACCGAGUUCAUGAAACACUUCAAAAGAGUGUUCCAACAGCGAUUGGGCGAGUCGCUGAGUUUCGAUCGAGAGGCCGUGGACGACGUGAAGCGGGAAGGAUGCGUGCUCUAUUGCGACAAGAUCAUGGUGAAUAACGCUCUGAUGCAAAGUCGAGUGGAACAGUACGAAAUUAUUCCCGCCAUUUGGUUGGAGUGGCCUAUGUGCGCCCAAGAGUGGUUGGACAGAGCUCGGGGUACCUGGCCUGACUACAACGACGUAGAUAAGGUGAAGGAUUACGGGUGCUACGUGGUGCCGGAAGGUUUCGUCCCGAAGAACGGUAACAGCAAUCUCAUUGAGGACCUCGAGUGGCAGCUCGUGUUCCCGACGGCUGAACGAUACCUCGAGACUUGUUUGACACAGGCUCAGGUCCAAGUGUACAUGAUUACCCUAAUGCUGCACAAGACCUUCAUGAGGCCGAUUUUUGACACUAUGUUCGGCUUAACUACAGCGCACAUCAGGCACAAGUUGUUCUGGAUGAUCGAGGAGAACGCCAAUCCGUCUAAAUGGCCAGACAGUGGAAUAGGGGAGUGUUUGCUGAAGCUGCUGUACUCUCUGUAUCACAAUAUAAGCCAGAACGAGCCAAGGCUCGACGACUACUUCAUCAAGGACAGGAAUCUCUUCCAGAGGAUACCCUGUGAACAUCUGUUGCACACACAGAAGCAGUUGAAACGUAUCACUGAAAACCCUGUGAUGUACGUGUUCCAUGCCAUGGAGAAUAUCCGGUACAACGACGACCUAUUCCCGCGAUUGGACUACAAGAUGCUGCUGAAGAUACUGACCGCUGACACGUUGACGUUGAUUAAUCCGAAACUGACGCAGCAUGUACAGAAUCCGUCGAUGAAUCAAUCGUACGGUGAUCGUGUCUCACUGGAUGCGAGAUAUAACAGGACAGGAUUUUGGGACACGGUGAAGAGACAGCGAAACAAACAUUCCGUCCAAUCGGUUUCGUUAAUCAAUCCUCGUAAGGCCAGCGACUCUAUCAUCGAAAUCUCGACACGUUGCGCCGAGUUGGAGGGGCCAAGGUUAUGCGUUCUCCUCGGCUUCUUCAUACAACACUUCAUACAAAUAGCCGAACGAUGUAACCAGUAUCAGGCGCAUCGGCAAAAAAAGAUUUACCUGGAUCACGCGGACAGACUGUCCAUACUACUUUUCGAGCGACAGAGAUACACGGAGGAUGCUCGGGCAUAUCGCGACAAGAUCAAGGUCAUCAGGAAGAAGGUGGCAACCACUUUGAAAUCAAGGGACGAUCCGCCGAAAACGCCGGAUAGGAACCCGGAGAACGCUAUAUACGUUGCCCCUCUAAACGAUCGUUUCACGCGUGAGAAGAAUUCGUCGAGUCGAGUUCACGCGAGAAUUCCGAAGUCGAACGAGGAUCUGCCGGAGAAGAGGACUGACGACAGGAAAAAUGUUAAAGCGAUCGUUCACGAGAGACACUACGAGGAUGUAGAGAAAUUAAAUUUGGACGUAGCGAGCAACAAUGCGGCUAAUUCGACGAGCGAGAAUAGCGAUGACUAUCGACCAGUGACACCAGUUAUUCAUUUGUCAGAAUCUGUAGGGAACGAAUCCACGUAUAUUUAGAAACGAGUGACUCCUUCGUUGUCUAAUAAAUUUCUCAAAAUUUAGCAUGUAAUCUGUUUUAAUUUAUUAUACUGUAAUUUAUUUAUACUUACUGUUAAGAAAUAUUAGACGCGAUUAUUAGACGUAUAGAGGAAUUGAACUCUCCGUUUGAGCUCCGUUUAUCUGAACUAAUGACUGGAGAACAGAUAGUUUGUAUAAAGUAUCCCAGAUAUUUUUUACAAUAUAUACAUAGAUAUAAAGAGUACUUUAUAUAGUAUACUACUAUAUUACAACGUAUAUAAGUCUAGUUAUAUAGAGUAUACUACAUAUUAGCUACGUACGAGAUUUUUCUUCGAAAUUUGAAUUUAUAAAUUAUCAAUUAUCAACCACAUAAAAAAAGAAGAAAAUUUCUGUAGAUUAUGUAUAUUCAAUAUUAGGAGAAUUUAUAAUAAAAAUAUCGAAACUUUAUUAUUAAUUGCUACAAAUAAUAUUCCUAUGACUUUAGAUAGGUUACAUAGUUUUAUAUGUAGAAGUAUAAAAAUCUUUGCAUAAAUUCAUU